GUUCUUCAAAUUUUGGAUUCAGCUGUUCUACUACCAUACCAACUGUCACGAGGAAACGGCAACGAUCCAAUCUCUCAAAAUUUCUCUCCCGCAACCGUAUCUUUCCACAUGGCUUCUCUCCCUCUGAUCCCCAUUACUCUGUAUAUCGUCGAUUCAGCAUGAGCCCUCCCAUUCCUUCACGUGUGAUUUUGCAAUUUCACCACAGCCAGAUCCAUUAUCUCACUCCAUUACAUAAACCCAUUUGCUGAAUCUCAUUUCUAAUCACCCCCAAGAUCAAUUCGAAUCCAUGGGAGUUCCCGCGUUUCGUCUUGGCUUUUCUGUUCUUUUAGUUUUUGCUUUUGUGCUCUGUGAUCUGGGUGUUUGUAAUGGUGGAAUUACGAGUCGGUUUGUUCGGGAUGAUGACGCUUCGUCGGAUAUGCCGCUUGAUAGCGAUGUCUUUAGGCCUCCUCCUGGUAAAAAUGCCCCCCAACAGGUUCAUAUAACACAAGGGGAUUCUGAGGGAAAGAGUGUGAUAAUCUCUUGGGUUACACCAGAUAAACCAGGUUCAAACAGAGUAGUUUAUUGGGCUGAAAACAGUGACACUAGAAAUCAUGCUGAAGGCUAUUUUGUUUCCUACAAGUAUUUCAACUAUACAUCUGGUUACAUUCAUCACUGCACCAUUAAUGACUUAGAGUAUGAUACUAAAUACUUCUACGUGAUUGGAUUCGGAAGUCUAUCAAGAAGGUUUUGGUUUACAACCCCUCCUAAAGUUGGCCCUGAUGUGCCUUAUACUUUUGGUCUUAUAGGGGAUCUUGGUCAAACGCAUCAUUCUAAUAGAACACUUACACACUAUGAAUUGAACCCAACAAAAGGACAGACCGUGUUGUUCGUUGGGGAUUUAUCUUAUGCAGAUCGUUAUCCAUUCCAUGAUAACACUAGAUGGGACUCAUGGGGGAGGUUUGUGGAAAGAAGUACUGCAUAUCAACCUUGGAUUUGGACUGCAGGGAACCAUGAACUUGACUCUGCUCCUGAAAUUGGUGAAAGUGAACCAUUUAAGCCUUAUCUCCAUCGUUACCGUGUUCCACACAAUGCAUCAGAUGGCUCCUCUCCCCUUUGGUACUCCAUUAAAAGAGCUUCAGCUUAUAUAAUCGUCUUGUCCUCUUACUCGUCAUUUGUGAAAAGCAGCCCUCAAUAUAAAUGGCUAGCUAAUGAGCUGGAGAAGGUAAACAGGGACGAGACACCAUGGCUCAUAGUUCUUAUGCAUACUCCAAUGUACAGCAGUUAUGUCCACCAUUACAUGGAAGGAGAAAGCAUGAGAGUGGUCUUCGAGCCGUGGUUCGUCAAAUAUAAAGUUGAUGUAGUCUUCGCCGGUCAUGUUCAUGCCUACGAACGAUCUGAACGAAUAUCAAACAUCGAAUACAAUGUCGUAAAUGGUUUAUGUUCUCCAGCUUAUAAUAUAGAGGCUCCAGUUUAUAUAACCAUUGGAGAUGGUGGAAACUCUGAAGGAUUAGUAUCUGAAAUGACUGAACCACAGCCAAAAUACUCGGCUUAUCGUGAAGCCAGCUAUGGACAUGGCACAUUAGACAUAAAGAACAGAACUCAUGCCUACUUUGCUUGGCAUAGGAACCAAGACGAAUAUGCUGUAGAAGCCGAUUCUUUGUGGCUGCAUAAUCGAGAAUGGAUAUCAACUAAAUUGCCACAAUCUUCCGAAAUGACUCACCUUUCAUCAGCGGCUGCCUGAAACAAUCUUUAGCUUUUUCGUUGAUGUGUAAAAAAAAUAAAAAGAAGGGGCUAGGAUUGAGCUCUUUUAUGGCUGAAUUUGCUGUAAUCAUGAGCUUUGUUUGUUAAUCUAAUUAAUUAAGUUCCUUUGAGAUGUGA